AUGUUGGCUGGUUUUCAGAUAAACGCGGCUAUAAGUAAGUCAGAGACGAACGCGUCGGUGUUGUCGCGCGCGGUGCGGCUGGCGCGCUGCCUGCGCCGGCUGGGCGCGCAGCCCGGAGACCUGCUGGCGCUGCACGGCCGCAACCACCUCGACCUGCUCAUACCCUUCUACGCUGCACUCUUCAAUGGCUUGACUGUGUGCGGAGUGGACCCGGCGUACGAUUAUGAUGAAAUACACUACACAAUGAUGAUAUCGAAGCCCGACAUUGCGUUCAGCGAUUCUGAGUUACUCCAUGAAGCGAUCACGAAGUUGGAUCUGGACACCAAAAUCAUCACCUUCAAGGAUGGCGAGCAGUCCAUGAAGAGAUUCAUGGAAGAAUAUGAUGACGGCAAUCAGUCCGAUGCUGAAUUUCAGGUAACGGAGUAUGACGUAGACAAAAUUCCUCUGUGGCUGACCACCACCAGUGGAUCCACCGGCUACCCCAAGCUGACGAUACAACCACAUCGGCUUUGGAUGAAGAGGAUAGUCGAGAAUCGAUUUGAUCCUACAAGGUCCUUGUCCUGGUACAGGUCCGAUGAGAACAGGAUGGGUGUCUGCCUGACGCCAGUGCAGUGGAUCUCAGCGUACCACGCCGUGAUAGGCAUGCCGCUGUUCCAUUACACCAUCCUCAGGUCUUCCGAUUUAAUCUCAGUUGAAAUGGUCAUCGAUAUUAUUAAUAAAUACAAGCCAGUACGUGGAGUGUUCGUACCGUAUUUAAUAAACGCCAUUUUGAAUCACGAGCGACAUUGUGACUUCACUUGCUUCGACAGCAUCGGUCUCGGAGGAAUGAAAGUGAGCCAUGAGAUCAUCACUCAAUUGAGGCAAAGGAUACGCAGCGACGCUGAGGCCCUGAAUCUGUACGGAGCCACGGAGCCUUUAGGAUUAAUCAGUAUAGCAGACCACAAUACACCUCGAAACAGUAUUGGAAAACCUUUACUUCAUGAAUUCAAGAUAGUCGAUCUUGAGUCAAGGGCAGAAAUCACGGAGCCGCAUAAAGAAGGAGAGUUGCUGUUGAAAGGCCCGAUGUGCGCAGGCUACUACAACAACCCAGAACAAACCGCUGCGGCCUUCAAAGACGGCUGGUACAAAACAGGAGACCUCUUCUACAGGGAUGAAGACAAUUAUUACUACUAUGUAGAGCGCAUUGGACAGCUUAUGAAGGUCAAGAGUUACUUGGUGUCCCCGUGGGAGUUGAUAGAAGUGCUUGAGGAGCACCCGGGAGUAGCAGAGGCCUGCGUGAUUGGAAUACCGAGCCAAGGGUACGCAGACCUGCCCGUCGCGUGCGUGGUGCGGAGACCUGGUCAUCACGUCACCGCGCAAGAGAUCAAGGACUUUGUAGUCAAUAAAGUCAAACCGCAUCAAUAUCUGAGAGGCGGGGUCGUGUUUAUGGAGAAAUUGCCAAGAACCUCCACAGGAAAAUUUGCGAUAGCUAAAUUGCGUCAAAUGGUAUUAACUGCUCAUCGAGAAUAAAUAUCAGGAAAAGACAAGACGCUCGUAUUUAUUUAUUCAUUAUUUUAUGAAUAUGGAAGCUCAAAUUAGGCAUAUAAGUUAGCAAAGGCGAAAAUAAUCAAGAUAAAACGACAGACCAGAAGAAAACAGUUCGCCGAAAUGUAACUAAGAUGAAUGAUCCAAAACUAGCUUUUGUUUUUAGACCAUGUGUUCAUUUUCUCCAUAAUAAAGAGAUAGAUUAUUUAAUUUGCA